AGGAGGAAGUGGCAAGCCGGGAGGCGCAGCUUCCCGAUUUCUUGGCGGGCAUGCGCCUCCUUCGCACAUGCGCUCCUAGAUGAAAACAAAAGGGCAGUGGGGUUUGGAGCGGGAGCGUCUCUCCUCUCUCUUUUUUGUUACGUGAUGGCUGCUGCAUUGUUGGUGACGCUGUACGAGUAUUCUCCGCUGUUCUACAUUGCCUUGGUGUUCAUCUGCUUCUUGGUGACCAGCGGCCUGAUCAUGGGCUGGUUUGGAUGGGAUGUUCCUGUGAUUCUGAGGAAUUCAGAAGAAACUGAAUCAGUUGUGAAAGUGUCUCAGAAACAGAUGCAGCAAGUGAAAAAUCCAUUCAGUUUAGAAAUCAAAAACCCAGAAAUCACUUCAGCUUCAAAUGGCAUUACUCUGGUAUCUAAUUGCUUGGAAGACUGUCUCCUUACAUGCUAUUGGGGCUGCAGCGUGCAAAAGGUUCAUGAUGCUCUGCAGAAACAUGCUUACAGCUUUCGAAUAAAAACUCCCCAGUCUUUUGAGGAUGCAAUGUGUCAUGAGUAUCUCUAUUGUCAACAGUAUUGCAUAAAGAAGGCAGAAAAAGAGGAAAAGCAUAGCCGAUUACCAGAAGUGACAAAAAUCCAUGAUUUUGGUCUAGUGCCUAGAUCUCGAUACCCACUAGUGGUACUGUUAACCCUUGCUGAUGAAGGCAACAGAGAAAUCUAUGACAUUAUUUCAAUGGUAUCAAUAAUACAUAUUCCAGAUGCCAGUUAUAGGCUUUCCUGCCGGAUACUGUAUCAGUAUCUCCUUUUGGCCCAAGGUCAAUUUCAUGAUCUAAAGCAACUGUUCAUGUCUGCCAACAGCAAUGCAUCCUCUCUAAAUGACUCUUUCUCCAGUGAAAGGACUGAAGACCACGUCCUGCUUGAAAAGACCGAGUCAGAAGUACUAGAGGAGAGCAGGAAGGACUGCAUCGUCUGCCAAAAUCGAGCAGUCAAUUGGGUGCUUCUUCCUUGCCGACACACCUGCCUAUGCGAUGAAUGCAAGUAUGGCAUUGAGUGUGAAUUGUCUUCCCCCCACAAAAGGAUGUCUACAAGAUGCAUAUUCAAGCAAAUAUUCAUUGAACCGCAAAUCAGUUUCCUCUUGUCUUGUUCUUGGACACUAAAAUUUCAUUUGCCUUAGGCAGUUUUAGACAUGACGUGGGUGAUGUCAUGAAAGGCUGAUGUGGUCCAAACUCAAUGUGAUGUAAAUUAGUCUUUUGACAAAGGAGAGUUCAUUUGAAGACUGUUAUGUCUUUGAGUAGAAAUGUUUUGCGUAGAUCUUGCCUCCUGUCCAGGAUAUCACUUCUUGUCAGCAAGUGUUGUCAGCGUUUGGACACCUCACUCUGACCUAUCCAAAUUCCAGACAUAAUUUUAGCCCCUGUAGCAAUUGUAUGGUUUAGUUGAAAUUAGAAGGUGUCUGCUGCAUUCAGGCAUACAUCAUGCAUAGCCAUAAUUUCAUUAUCUGUUUUUGGUUGAGAAUGUAGCCGGUUCUGGUUUAUUAAAACAAAAGAUGGGUUACAAUAUUUUCUUUAAUGUGUGAAUCUAAACAAUGACUACAUUUCCUACCUCAGAUAGAAUUAUAAUCAGCAUUGUCACCCUUUAGGGUCAUGUUAGUAACAUGGAACACUAAGCCCUGUUGAAUGAGAAGAUGGGCAGCCAAUACAUUUUACUAAUAAAUAAACAUACAAACAAACAUUAGGUUCUCUGCAUUCAGAGCAUCAAAAGUGAAUAUGGAAAAAAAAUAUUACUUUCCAACUUUUUCUUUUCCAUCUAUAAAACUUACAUAAUUCAGCCAUUAUGGAUUCACACAGCUUGCUGUGGUGUGCCAAACUAUCAAGUUGUUGCUUAUUCAGUAAGCAGUAGCUUAAUGUAAUGGUCAGCAAUCACUUCAGGUGCCAGAUAUUACCACUAUCUUAAAUUAUGGCACAGCCCACUCCGUACCUUACACUGAAGUAUUAUACAGCCUUGCUAUCUCAUUCAGAAGAAUUUGUGAGAUUUUUGUAUUCACACCUAAAAUUUCCAAAUAUGUCGAUUUUAAAAAAUAAUGUUGGGAUACCUCUGCUGAUCUGUGGCUGACCACAAUGAGAUUACCUCUCUUUCACUUCAUUCCAAAAUCUCAGUGAGAAAAAUUAUUAUUUAAUUCUGUAUGUACAAGAGCUAUCAUUACAUAAUAAAGAGAACAAUGUACUCUGCAUAUGAA